CAUUUGGUCACCCUGUUGCAGGAGAACUUUCCUGCACUGCAGGACAUUUUAAACUUGUAGUGUAUUUGAGGUUUAAAAAGGCUUCUGAAGUUUAUAAUUUCCACUUAGAAAUUUCAGACUUGAUUUUCCCUUACAAAAAAAUGUGACCCUUACAGAAACAUACAUUAAUUAUAAUCCACAUAAUAAUUCACAGUUUCUGGUGCUGCAGGAUUGUUUUCCUGCUAUAGCAAAACUCAAAUUAAGAUCCUACAUCAGUAACUUCUCACUGACAUUCCUAUUGGGUUUCAACAUGGUGAUGAAAACAAUCUUUUUCAGUCUAUUCAAAUUGGUCCAUGUCACAUUUUUAGACGAGAUCACAUGUAUAGCCAAAUAGUCUACCCUUCUUCUGUAUACCCCUAAGGUAAAAAGGAAUACCAUUCUGCCCCCCCCCCCCCCCUGUAAAUAUCCUGUUGCCUAUCUAACAUUCUUUCUUUGUGUGUUUAUGUGAAAGAGAUAUAGAGGGAGAGAGUCUCGACAUAACAUCCUGAGGCAUGUUCUUCAAGGACUUGUGACUGUGUACUGGUAGAGUUCUAAUGAAAAAUGCAUUCUGUUAUUGAAUAAGAUACAAUCACAGUACCAUGUGAUCAUCAAAAGCAUUUGAAAGCAAUAUUUUGAAAUAAUAAUGUAUUGAAUAGGACUUUGUUCCCUCACCACCUGGUAUUUCUCUACAACUGAGUUACAACGUGGUUACAAACUGUAUAAGCUCACUGAACCUACCCCACUGGGGCAAAACUGGUUGAAUCAACAUUGUUUCCUCAUCAUUUCAACCACCAAAAUCAAUGUGAUGACGUUGAAUCAACGUAGGAAACGAAUUGGAUUUGCAUAAAGUCAUCAACGUAAGGGUAUUUGGUAUUUUUUUCUCUCACCUAAAUCCAAUGACGCAAUUGUUCUUCUCUCUUCAGAUUUCACAUUGAAUUCAGGCUAGUUGACACUCAACCAAAUGUAAAUCAAAACUAGACGUUGAACUGACAUCUGUGCCCAGUGGGACUGUACGAAACUAUGAAGAGAGAGGUAAAUGCCGGGGUGAAUUUCCUGAGACGCCUAGCUGUGGAGCGGGGUGGCUUAGAUGGAACCAAAGCUGACGCUUUUGCUGAAAAGCUGCGGCAACUUCUGUGUGACAAAUUCAAAGACCACUGGUACCCCGACAACCCCAACAAAGGACAGGCAUUCAGGUGCAUCAGGGUAAGCGAGGGGAUGGUGUAUGAUGAGGAGGUGCUGAGAGCGUGUGAGGAGAGCAAGCUAAAACCCAGCGAGCUGGGCCUCCCAUGCGAGAUUGCGCUGUGGAUCGACCCACUGGAGGUGUGCGCACGGUCAGGGGAGAACUGCAGGUACUUCACAGUAGCACGUUUCAAAGAAGGAGAAGAGGAGGAUGAGGAAGAUGUGAAAGGAGACAAAGAUGUUGACCUGGAUACGUCUGACUACCACUCUGCCAGCUCGUCUGACUGUGGCUCUGCUGUCUCCAGCGAUACAGAGGAGGAGGGGAAGGAUGGAGAGACGGACGGAAGAAAAGAUGAGGAGAAGACGAAAGAGGGAAAGAAAGAGAAGGAGAAGGGCGAACCUUAUGUGAUUGCCAUGAUGCCCAGGGUUCGGGACAGGUUCCGGGGGGAGCAUGCUCAACAGAAGGUCACCAAAACACUGCUCCAGCCCACCUCUCAGCAUUACUUCUACCAUCCUGCCCCUGUGUGGCCCACAACAUACAAGAAGAAGGGUCCUGUGUUCCUCACCACAAUGUACGCGCCUCCACCUCCAUCUCCUCCAGUGUUCGGCUACUACGUCCUGCCCCAGCCACCCCCGCAGUUCAUCAUGCCUUAUGCCACUCUGCAGCCAUGGGGGGCUGUGAAGAACUAAACCAACUGGUUGGAGAGGGGGAGGUUAAACUGCCAUUAAGCCAAUCACAAUGGGUCUAUGCAGGUUUUUGAAGGUGUGGGUGAGGCACAAUUAAGAUAGUUUGACAAAAUAUUUGAAGGGUUAGCGAGGAGCAGAACUUGAUUCAUUAUAUUAUUUCUUUGAUUGUUGUACACUUCAUUUUUUUCUUUUUGGUGACAAUCGGUUUUGGGGAUUUCCUCUAUGUAACUUUCUUAGGUAGAAUUGCCACUGAAGUAAACAGGGAUUAUACUAAAACAAGCAUUUAGCAAAUAUUGCUACAGGCACUUCCCUAAGGGCUACCAGUGGGUUUAGGGUUUUCCACUGAUUAAAAGUAGUCUAUUCAUAUGAUUCGUAUUGACAAAAAGCAGUGGAACUGCCUUUGAGUUACAGAGUGUAGUUUGAGGGCUGUAUUCCUUCAUUGGGUGCUCAUAACAUCUCAGGAAUCCUCAGCAAUAAAAAAACAACGCUUCUUUGAUGAUUUUAGAUAUUUUUGUAAAUAUUAUAGACUACCUUUCAUCUGUCACUUCUAAGCAUCAACAUUGUAAAUAUGAACUGUAAGAUACAGAGCAGUUCAUGGUCCUGGUGGGCCUAAAAUACUUCUGUUUUUUCUUUCUACUGGUAGUUAAUUGGACUCACCUGGUGUCACAGGUCUGAAUUAGUCCCUGAUAAGGAGAUGAUGAAAAGCAGUAGUGUAUCAGGACCUAGAUUGGACAGCCCGUAGACUGUAGUGAUAUGCAGUUACAUGUAGUAACAUACGUACCGUGUCUCUUGAGUUCUCUGAAGCUGCAUCUAACCGCACAUCAUUACAACAUAAUUUAUCAAUACAAGACAAUGGUCUUAUUAUUUUUGACAAUUCACUGUGAUUGUAACCUGUAUAUUUUACCUGUCAAGUACAAACCUCUCUCUAUUUUAUAAUAAUUAACAGACCAACCAGAAGCUUUUUGUACAUACUGUAACCUGUUAACAAAUAGUAAUUAUCAACCACAUUUGCUUUUUGAAAUGUAAUUUAUUUUUCCACCUGUGGGUGGUACCAAAAUCACUGUUGUAAAGUCAAAUUCCAUGCAUUUUUAUGGAUAUUCUUUAUUUUACAUAUCUUGAUAAAGUCUGUAGUGUUGGUGCAUGUAUAAUUUUAAUAAUUAUUUGUUUAUCAUUUCCUGAUUUAUAAAUCUUUAGUCUGCUAAAGGCCAGAUUGAAGAACAUUCACAAUUGUGAUGUACUCUUAUGAUCUCCACCCGGCACAGCCUGGUUCCUCUCUAGGUUUCUUCCUAGGUUCGUGCUGCAUUGAUUGCUGUUAGGGGUUUUAGGCUGUGUUUCUGUAUAGCACUUUGUGACAUCUGCUGAUGUAAAAAGGGCUUUAUAAAUAAAUGUGAUGGAGUGAUUGCUGGGAUAAAAUGGGUCUGGACUGAACUGUAUUCACUCCUGUGUAAUCAGGCUUCCAUGGAUUUACUGUAAAUACUUUUAUAUAUUGGAAAUGAAAAAUGCUUGGGUGAUCCAAAUGUUUAGCUUUAAUAUGAAUAGAUGUUUUCAUAACUUAAUACCUAUAUAUUCUCUAUUUUUAUACUGGCUUUUAUUGGCCCAUUGGUCUGCUCUGGAUGUAUAUUUAUUCAAUUUUAUGAAUUGCCUUUUCACUUGUUCUGAGUACAGAGCAGUACUCUGUAUUCACACGAUUCUUACUGUAUCUGAUAGACAAUUGUCCAUGCUAAUGUUUAUGUUAAGCUGUGUCAGUUUUUAUACUGAUAUCAUCUCUCUGUCUUGUCAGCACAUAUCAUUAAAUCAAUCGAUUUAUAAAAUUUAA